GAGUGAGAGUUGACAGCCCUGUUAUGAAUAGCAACCUUCAGACUUCAUCUUGCAUGAUGAAUAUUGGACCUAUUUAUUAUGACUGAGCUCCGGUCUGGAGAACUAGUAUACCCCGAGUAUACCCAACAAAUCUAGCAACUUGCGUACAGUGAAUGAAACGACUGUCCCAUUAGACUACCACCGUGCGGUGAACGUUUACCGAACGACCACAGCUACUGAGCUAGCUAGCUAGGGCUCCGGCGCUGGAUGUGGCCGGCGCGGGACGUGGCCGGCGUGGAGCGAGCGCUGGCGAUGGCCGUUUAGCAGCAUAGCAGACGGGGUUUGCAGAACUCGGGAUUCGAAAUAGCUGAUGAAAAGGUACACGACAUUUCUACCCAUCUAACACAGAGAUGGCAGCGCCCGUUCCUAAGUUUUGGAAACCAGGAACUGCUGCUCCCGGGGAAGGCUUGAAAGAGGAGAGAUCUGGCAGUGGGAGUGGGGAGGGAGAGACUCAGUGUGUCGUAUUCAACCAGUAUGUAUCUCUCUCAAUAGAACAACAGAGACAGAGACUGCCAGUAUUUAAGCAUCGGAACCAUAUCCUGUACCUGCUAGAGAAGUACCAAACCUUGGUUGUUGUAGGUGAGACAGGAAGCGGAAAGAGCACCCAGAUACCACAGUAUCUUGUAGAAGCAGGUUGGGGAGCCGAAGGUCAUGUCAUAGGGGUCACUCAACCAAGGAGAGUUGCUGCUGUUACAGUAGCCCAGAGAGUUGCAGAAGAGAGAGGGGCCAUUGUUGGCCAUGAGGUUGGGUAUGCCAUUCGCUUUGAAGAUUGUACCGAUCCACAGUCCACCAAGAUCAAGUUUAUGACAGAUGGGUACCUGCUGAGAGAAAUGAUGAGAGAUCCCCUCUUAAAGAGAUACAGUGUGUUGAUGCUUGAUGAAGCCCACGAGAGGACCCUUUUCACAGACAUCAUUGUCGGGCUGCUGAAGAAGAUCCAGAGGAAGAGACCUGAACUCAGAAUCAUCAUUGCCUCGGCUACCCUCGAUGCAGAAGCGUUCAGGGACUUCUUCAAUAACAAUACCAGCAAGGAUAAGAUGGAGGAUACUGCAACUGUUCUCACUGUCGAAGGAAGAACUUACCCAGUCGACAUACUCUACUCCACAAGUCCUGUCCCAGACUACCUGAAGGCCAUGGUCGAGACCAUCAUGAAGAUUCAUAAAUCAGAACCAACUGGUGACAUCCUUGCUUUCCUUCCGGGUCAGGACGAGGUUGAGAAUGUCCUUAGAAUGGUCAUAGAUCAAAUCCGAGGACUACGAGACAGCUCCAUGAAGAUGAUGGCGCUGCCUAUGUAUGGCAGUCUCCCUGCCAAGGAUCAGAUGAGAGUCUUCGAACGUGUUGGCAAAAACACCAGGAAGGUUGUCAUAGCAACCAACAUCGCAGAAACAUCCAUCACUAUCAAUGGGAUUGCGUAUGUUAUUGACGGUGGUUUCGUCAGGAUCAAGGCAUUCAAUGCCAAGAAUGGUGUAGAGGGUCUUGUCACCGUUCCUGUGUCGCAGGCAUCGGCCCAACAGAGGGCUGGCAGGGCUGGGCGUGUCAGAUCGGGGAAGGCCUAUAGACUCUACACGGAAGAAGACUUCAAGAAACUACCCAAGACAACCGUGCCAGAAAUGCAGAGGAGCAACCUUGGUACGGCAAUCCUCCAGUUGAAGUGUCUUGGGAUUGACAACGUCCUGCGCUUCCCAUUCCUCUCGCCUCCAUCCUCCAAGGCCAUGGUGAGAGGGCUGGAGCUGCUCUAUGCCCUGGGUGGUCUCACUGACCAUGCCAAGCUCUCCGAACCCCUAGGGGUCAGGAUGGCCGAACUACCGGUCAAUCCCAUGUUGGCCAAGAUGCUACUUGUAUCGGGGGAGUUUGGUUGCUCAGAAGAGAUACUCACUGUUGCUGCAAUGCUGCAAGUCAACAAUGUAUUCCAGUGUCCUGCCAACCAAAGAAAUGCAGCUGAAAGAGCUAAAAGAAAGUUUGGAGUGAAGGAAGGAGAUCACCUGACAUUAUUGAAUGUCCAUGAAGCAUUCCUGAAGUACAAGAAGAACUCAAGAUGGUGUCGAGAAAACUUCUUGAAUUACAAAGCCCUCUGUAGAGUGGUUGUGGUCAGGGAACAACUGAAGAAACUCCUCAAGAAGUUCAAGGUCAAGAUGGUGUCAAGCGAGGGCGAUGCAGAUACUGUACUCCGCUGCAUUGUAGCUGGUUUCUUCCCCAACGUCGCUCAUUACCACCCCAGCGGGGAGUACAAGACGAUACGAGACGACUUUCCUCUUCACAUCCAUCCAUCUUCUGUCUUGUACACUGAACCUCCUCCAACAUGGGUGGUAUAUAACGAGGUUCUCCAGACCAGUAAAGACUACAUGCGAGAUGUAACAGUGGUAGAAUCAUCAUGGCUGUAUGAGUUAGCUCCCCACUUCUACCAAUUUGGAACAGACAAUGAAAUAGCUGCCAAACGCCAAAAGACUGAGAGGUGACACAGGGACAGCUAGUGCCUGAACUUAAGAAAAAUCAAGACUUUUAAGAGGGAUAAUUCUAUAUGUGAUGAUUACGAGGGUGAUUUCAAAGACUUUACCCUUGGAGAAAAGACUACUAAGAUGUGAUGUCACAUUUGGCGCAAAUACUCACUGCUGAAUGAUACGCGCCGUAUAAGCUCAAACAACAACACAGGCAUUCUUCCCAGUGGCAACGUAUUGUACACAUUGUUUGUCUAACAUUGCAGUGGUUGCUUAGUAUGUAAGCACAGAUGCAAAUCUGACACUAUACAAAUUACACCAUGGCGAGAGUGAAGACUAAAACUCUGAACUUUCUGUCUGUGUAGAGGCAGCCACAGUACAUGAGUGAAUCUAGUCUCACUAGAUCAGACUCUACAUCAUGCACUUUGUGGAAACAAUAGGUCUGUGCCUAAAGACUAGUGGUUAAAGGUGAUACAAGGCCAUGGCUCUAAAUCACUUAUGUCUGGUGCAAGGAUUUGUUACAUGGAACCAUCACUAUGCCAAAGCAAGACUGCAAAGCCAUCACUUUGGUACUCCAGUUAUACCCGUCUGCAUUAGUCCAGCUGCCAAUAGGCCUUAUGCAUAUGUCAUAAUCUGAUAGCGCCCUCCUUUAGAGGACAUAGUGAUAUACAUAAACAGAGUGGCAAAUGUAGAUUGUCUUGCCGAAUGUACCAGUAGUACUACUGUGGGAUUUGAACCCUGAACCUUCCCUUGUUCACUGACCAAGAGCUUAUCUGUGAACAAGGGAAGGUUCAAUGUUUUCUUGCAGUAAUUGCUUCUUGUCAUUGUUUAUUGUAGUUAAAUGACACCUUUUUUCAGACAAAGGUAACCAGCAAACAGUGAAUGCUAAAGCUUUUCUUAGAAUAUGCAGCCAAGGCUUCCACACAAAAAAGUGGCCAACCAGGUUAGUCACGGUUACUGUCAAGACCAAAGUAGCCAAUUGGGCUUGUUACGGCUAUUUUUCCAGAAAAAAAAAAGGUUGCCAAUAACUUAAUAAGGCCCUUUGAGGCUAUUUUUGCAGACAAAAGUACCUAACAUUGCUCGUGAAGACUUACAUUGUUGUAUUAUUGAAGUUGUUUCUCCCCUAUUGCUUUUAAUAGUACUGAGGACGACAAAUAAAUUAACGUGAAUACA